UUUGUUUUCUUUUUCGUCUUGAAAUCUAGGCUUGAAAUCAACUUUAGGUCUUCUAAAGUGUGAUAAAAUCAGAGAGAUUAAGUUCAUGUUUUUAGUCAGCUAUUUGCUUGGUUCAGAUCAAAGUCGUCUACAGUUGCGUAUUUUAUAGUUUAUUUUGCUCUAAAAAUCUGAAGGAAAAAAAAGAAUGUCUUCUGGCAAGAAGGGAAACAAAUAUGUCCCAACUAAAUAUGAAAUUCCUUCACACAUCUUGGCAGAUAUCAGUAUGAUUGAAAAAUGCAAAGAUGAUGAAGUUCUGAAAAGUAUUGUGCAUGAUUUAUUAAACAGACAAUCUAAGCCUCUAACUUAUGCAUUAGAAUUACUACUAGCAUUGAAGUUUGGAUGGAAAAAAAUGGCAGGCAAAAUGGUUAUAGUUGCUGGAAGUCUAGAAGACUGGUUCAGAGUGAAUGAUGUAUCUAAAGAUCUAAAUAUGUCUUUAAAAGGUUUUGCUUUGAGUAAAUGUAUUUUACUAUCCAAUGAGUUUGUUACUAAACACAUUUGCCAUAUAUUUAAAUUGCAUGAAGAGAAAGAUUAUGUGAUGCGUGUGAUUUAUGAUUUAUUGAAUGAAAAAAAGUAUAAAGAGGCAUAUUAUUUAAUGUCAGCCCUCAAUUUGGAAACUGAAUUUUCUUUAGAAGAAUUUGCUUUUCCUGCAUUUCUUCUUGAUCGAGAAAAUAUUGUGAAAGAUUACCUUCAAAAAUGUCAUCAAGUGCAUCAAUUGAGAUUUGUAAAAACUUUAGAUUCUCUUCAUCAAAACCCAGUUGCUAUUCAUGAUUUUGCCAGAUCACUCAAAAUUGUUGGGCUAGAAAAAAACAAACCCUUCUAUAAUCCAAAGUGGAUGAAAAAAAGGCUUCCAGCAUACAUUGAAUUCUUAAACAUAGAUAUUAGAGAGUGUCCAAAUGUCUAUUUUUCACGUGUUCAAGGAGCAAUGAUGUAUUUGAUACGAAAAAGAUACACUGAUGAAGCUAUUGAGCCAGAAGCAUUUUUUGAACUUAUUGUGGACUUAUUAGCUGAUCAUUAUUUUCUUCAAAGGGAAUUAUUGAUAAAAUUAGUCUGCAUUAAUGAAAGUGCUGAUGCUUUUAUGCUAGCAAAAGCUUUCAACUUGAAUAAAAAUCAAUUGCCUGAUUGUUUAAGAGCACUUCCUCCUCCAUCUGAUGAGUUUGUUUCACUGUAUUAUAAUGGUCCUCAACUAAAGAAUCCUGAAGAUUACUUACCAUUACGCCUAAAUUUUUCUGAUGUUAAAUUUGUAGAUAACCUAGAAAAUUAUUUUAAAGCUGUUGCUGAUAUAAGCGAAAACUAUGAUGUCGUCGGAAUUGAUGCAGAAUGGAAACCAAACUUAGGCAUAAAAGAUACCAAGUUAGCAUUACUUCAAAUUGCAGUGUGGGAUGUAGUUUAUCUUUUUGAUAUCCAAACUUUAACGACAAUUCUUGAAGUGACUCAUUGGAGCUUUAUUUUAGAGAAACUCUUUUUCAAUAAAGAAAUUCUUAAAUUAGGUUAUGGUCUUGACAAUGACAUAAAGGAGUUUUUGAAAGUUAUAUACUGCGAAAGACAAACUUACUCUAAAUGUACCCGUUUAGUGGAUUUACAGAUUGUAUUUGAGAAGUUGAAACAACACUAUCCAGAUGUUAUUAAUGAAAUGGAAAUAAUUGAAACUUCAGUGGUUGAUGAAAAUGAAUCAAAAGGUCUAAGUCAGCUUUGUAAAGUAAUGCUGGGCAAACCUUUGAAUAAAGGUGAACAGUUUUCUAAUUGGGAACGUCGUCCAUUAAGAAGGAGCCAAAUUACCUAUGCUGCUCUUGAUGCUUUUUGCGUUCUGAUGAUUUAUGAAAAGCUGUAUCAUAUUUUGGAAAGCCUAAAUUUGACUUUAGAUAAAUUGAUUAGUAUGAAAGCUCCUACACCUAAGGAAAAAAACAAAAGUCCCAUGGAAAAGAAUCAAAGCAUAAAACAGACAGAAGAUAAACAAUUAUCUUAUCCAAAACCAUCUGAAUCCUUGGCAAUAGAAAAUUUUAAAGUGGUCACUGAUUGCAUGUUAAAUGGAUUGGGUAAAUAUCUUCGAAUGUUUGGUGCUGAUGUUGUUUGUUUGAAUGAUGGUGAUGAUCCUAGAUGUGCUCUUGAGAUUGCUCAAACUGACAGAAGAAUUAUACUGACAUGUGGUAGUCGAUAUGAAAAAUUAAAAGGAUACAUGCCAGAAGACAUGUGUUUUUCUGUCAACAACAAAGUUGAUUUGAAAAGACAAGUUGCUGAAUUACAACACUAUUAUAAUCUUCAGUUAGACGAAUCUACUCUCUUUUCACGUUGCAGUAUAUGCAAUGGAUGUAAUUUCUUAACUGUUCCUAAUCAAGAAAUGUUGAAUCUCUGGUGUGAGUUAGUUGAUGAAAAUACUAAGUGGCAAGCUACUAAAACCAAAAACAGGCCAAAUACCACUUAUAAAUGUGACAUUAAAACUGCAGACGGCAUUGAAAAAACAUUUGUUUCUAUUCAACUUGCUAAUCUUUCACCUAGAGUAUUUGAAACUGUAAAAGAAUUUUUAGUCUGUGAAGGAUGUGGAAAAGUUUAUUGGGACGGCUCUCAUUUAUCUCGUUUAAAAAAUGCUGUUUCUUCUGUCAUAGAAAUUCAGCCUUCAAGUAAAAGCUUUUAUGAGGCUUUAUCAGAAGAAUCUGCGUCAAUAUCUGAAUCACGCAUUAGCCAUACUUCAUCUACAGAAAAUAAUACUGGUAGUAAUACAUCUGAAUCCAACAAAAUUCCCACGAAAAUUUAUCAUGUUGACGAAGAUGAUUCAUCUGAAGACGAUAUUGAUGACAUAAAUUUUUGUUAAAUUAUUAACUAACUUAUUUAUUUGUACAAAAAAAUUUGAUCUUGAAUAAAUAUUUUAUAAUGUA